UUGGAUUCAUGUUCCACAUUGCUUCAAAGCACCUCUGAAACCUUCAAAAGGUAACUGUGUGAGGGGUGUAACAUAAACCACAAUCACCACCAGUUCUUUCUCCACAGUUGCAGUCUCAGGACAGCUUUCUCCUCUGUAAAAUCAUUGCUCCCUGGAGAGAAAAAGAUGAAUAAGAUUCUGCUUCUCUCCACGUCCAUCCUUCUCUGCUCCAUCUUGGCGGAGGCUCUCGUCUGUCGUGUUUGCAAAAUCUAUAAACAAGGUCUUGGUUGCACAGUUGGGGAGGCCACCUGUGUUGCUGAAGCUGGCGAACAGUGCAAGACAGUGAAAGUCUUUGAAGAAAAAAUCAGGUAUUUCUUCAGACAAGGAUGCACUUCUCCGAAGGAUAAAUGUGGAUCUACAGUCGAGGACCCCAUGUUUGGUGAUGUGACCACAACUUGCUGUAAUGGAAAGGACUACUGCAACGAUAUCCAAUAAUAAAUACAAAUGAAAUCUGCAUCAAAUGGAUAUCGGCACUAGCACCAAAAUUCAGAUUUGGAAUUCAGAUCUGGAAUUUGGAAUUACAGCUCUUCAGAUUUGGAUUCAGAAUUUUUAAAAAUUGGAAUUUCUAGCUAUUGAGAACUCAGUUACAGUCAAUAUGAAUACUAGCCAUUAUUUUCUCCUUUUAAAAAACACAGGCAAAAUAUUUUUAA